AUGACGACUAAGACCAUCCAUGGGAACUCGCAAUUCCAGAAGCCCUCCUCUCUACGCUGGACGUGGGAGUCACCCGGUGGAGGCUACCGUAAUGAAAUAGACCACAUCAUCGUCAAUAAAAUUUUCUGCCUGACGGACGUCGCUGUUGUACCAAAGUUCUAUACGGGAUCGGACCAUCGCCUUCUCCGAGGAAGAUUUCCCUUCACAAGGAGAGAAGAGAAAGCCGCCAAGUUCAGAGAGAGAAAUCCUAGAACUAUCACUAACUGGGAUCUCUUCGCUACCUUAGCCGGCUUUUGGGAAGAUUCCGCAAUUUACAGCAUCGACGAUGAAAAUAAGCGGUUCGUUGAACACCUUCCCGACUGCGCGAAGAAGGCUGAGAGUUUUAAAACUACCAAGAGACGUCUGUCUCUUGAAACUCUUGAGCUGAUACGCCAGCGUGGAGCAGCACGAACCGCAGGGAACCAAGAACUCACGUCCAAGCUCGCAAGGCUUUGCAGAGAGGAGAUAAAGGAAGACCUUAAAGGGAGAAGAGCAGAAGUACUGGCAGAAGCUGCAGAGGCGGGGAAAAUAUAUCGCCCGAUAUACCCGUCGAGACUUCGUUAA